AGCGAAAAGAUACCUUUCAUCAGGGAAGCCGAAAGACUCCGGCUGAAACACAUGGCUGAUUAUCCUGACUACAAAUACAGACCCAAGAAGAAACCAAAGCUGGACAUUUCCUCCAAACCAUCAGCCCCAUCUCCAGAGAAGUCCUGCAACAAAGUGUCCAAGAACUCCAAGAAAUGUCCCAAACUGAAAACGAACAAGACGAGAAGUAAGUCAUCUCACGGCUACGGAGAUGAGUACGCGUUUAAGAGCAUGAAAGUUUCAAAGACUGUCAUUAAAAGUGAAUUCACGGAUGAAGACGACGACGACGACUCCGAGGAGG